AUGGCCACUGCAACGAUGAGCAGCUCAUCCAGCUUCCAACCUCUAUCAUUCCCGGCCGAUAAAUACCGCGGUGCAGUCGUAGAGGACUUGCAACUGCCCCCAGCAUUUUCCGUAUCGUUGAAUGAAGCUAUUUCUCGAGCGAUAGAGAUGGCAUACGAACGAGAUUUCUCUCAUAUCCCCGUCCUGAACCAAAAUCGGAGACCGCUGGGGUACAUCGACAUGGCCAAGUUGAAGCAAAAGUGGGAAGCUGGUCAGGCUAGCCCUGACGAGAAAGUUAGCCAAUACAUGACCAAGUUCAAGCGAGUGUCAACAGAACCAUAUACGAUAAUCACCCCGCUGUCACCGCUCUCGGAAUUAGAGGAAUUCCUGAAGACAAAUAUAUUCGCGCUGGUAACGGACCAAGGUCGCAAAUUUGUCCUCGCCGUCGCGACAGCACACGAUCUCGAAAACUUUGUGUCCCGGCGCGGACUCUAA